GUCACUGUCAACCUGAUUCUUGUCAACAAAAAUAUCUUACGAAAUACGAAAUCUCGUAAAUAAUUAAAUUUUUAUUAAUAUGUCUGCAGCAAGACAAGCAAUCCAAGUUGGCACCAAAAAUGUUAGGCCAGUUUUAUCAACGAAUCCUACAGAAGCCCGUAGGAGGGUGCUCAACCUUUACAAGGCUUGGUAUCGUCAAAUUCCGUACAUAGUGAAGGAUUUUGACAUUCCAAAAUCAGAAGACAAUUGCCGGGCAAAACUGAAGGAGCUUUUCAUGGCUAAUAAGGGUGUGACCGACAUCCGUGUUAUUGAUAUGCUGGUCAUCAAGGGUCAAAUGGAGCUGGAAGAAUCAGUAAAGAUGUGGAAGCAAAAAGGCCACAUCAUGACAUACUUCAAACCUACUAUUGAGCCCAAACCCCAAGAUUUUCUCUCCAAAUUCUUCAACUCAAACGAAUAAUUUAGUUUUCUUAAUUUGUAUAUAGCAAAUUCAAUAUUUAAGCUCCAAAUAAAAUAGAGAUUUCUGUUUAAAA